AUGGCGACUGCUAUCAUCGUCGCGGCCGUAGUCGGUGGCGGUGUUCUGCUCGUCAUGCGCCGCUUGUUUCCCCGGCAAAAUGCGGUCAAGCUGCUCCAGUACCCCGCAGGCCUAAUGCGUGGAAAAACAGUCAUCGUGACCGGAGCUAACAGCGGCAUCGGGAAGGCUCUAGCCGGGGAGCUGCUGAAGCUUCAGGCUCGGGUCAUCAUGGCCUGUCGGGACCAGAAGAGCGCCGCCGAAGCGGCCCGGGACAUCCAGGGACAUUCGAGAACCGAGUCCGGGGAGGUGGUCGUCAAACAGCUGGACCUUGCAUCGCUCACAUCGGUCCGUAAAUUUUGUCAAGAGAUUCAGGAGGAGGAACCCAAGAUCGACGUCCUUGUCAACAACGCGGGUGUGUACCAAUGUCCCUACUCCAAGACGGAGGAUGGCUUUGAGAUGCAGCUCGGCGUCAAUCAUCUGGGUCACUUCCUGCUCACACACCUGCUGCUCGACCUCCUCAAGCGCUCCGCCCCCAGCCGUGUGGUGGUGGUGUCCUCCAAACUCUACAAGUAUGGCCACGUCAACUUUGAUGACCUGAACAGCGAGACAAAAUACAACAAGGCAUUCUGCUACAGUCAGAGUAAGCUAGCCAACCUGCUGUUCACCCUUGAACUAGCGAACCACCUCGAGGGUUCAGGGGUGACUGUCAACGCACUCACACCUGGAAUCGUGAGGACCAGACUGGGCCGACACAUUCACAUUCCCAUCUUGGCAAAGCCACUCUUCUAUCUGGCAUCAUUGCUGUUCUUCAAGAGUCCGUUGGAGGGUGCCCAGACCCCUCUCUACCUGGCUUGCUCCCCAGAAGUGGAGGGAGUGUCGGGGAAAUGCUUCGCUAACUGCGAGGAAGAGGAGCUGCUGGGGAAGGCUACAGAUAGACAAGCAGCUAAGAAGCUGUGGGAUGUGAGCAGGAGGAUGGUCGGACUCGAGGACUGA